UCACCGCCUUCCCCCCCUCCUCGGCGGCGGCUCCGGGGUAUGAGCGGGAGCCGCCACCCGCGCUGAGAGGCGGGAGGUCGCUCCGCGCCGCGCCCGGCUCUUGUCAGUGAGGGAGCGCGGGCAGCGGCUCCGAGCCCGCCAUGCCCCGCGCGGCCACCGCCGCUCUCCUCCUGCCGCCGCUGCUGCUGCUGCUGCUGCUGGGGGGGGCGAGCCGCGCCGCCGCCCGCUGCCCCGCUCCCUGCCGCUGCGCCGGCCACCUCGUCGCCUGCAGCCGCCUGGAGCUGAGCCGGCUGCCCGAGCGGCUGCCGCGGGGAGCGGUGCAGCUGGACUUAAGUCACAACAAAUUAUCUUCAAUCAAGACCAGUCUUUUGGAUCACCUUCAUAGUCUUCAGGAAGUGAAGUUGAACAACAAUGAACUGGAGAUCAUUCCAGAUCUGGGACCAGUCUCUGCGAAUAUAACUCUUUUGUCUUUGACCAGUAACAAGAUUGCCAACAUAUUGUCUGAACAUCUGAAGCCAUUUCAGAGUCUAGAAACUUUGGACUUGAGCAACAACAACAUAUCAGAGCUAAAAAUAUCAUCAUUUCCAUCGUUACAGCUCAAGUAUCUGUACAUUAACAGUAACCGAAUAACCUCCAUGGAGCCUGGUACUUUUGACAAUUUGUCUACCACACUUCAAGUAUUGAAACUGAACAGGAACAAAAUUUCAGCAAUCCCUCAAAAGAUGUUUAAACUCUCCCAUCUGCAGCACCUGGAGCUGAAUCGCAACAAAAUUAAAAAAAUAGAUGGGCUUACUUUCCAAGGACUUCCAGCUUUGAAAUCAUUAAAACUGCAGAGAAAUGGCGUUACUAGGCUCAUGGAUGGCGCUUUCUGGGGAUUGACCAACAUGGAAGUCUUGCAGCUGGACCAUAACAACUUAACAGAGGUAACGAAAGGCUGGCUUUAUGGCUUGCUGAUGCUGCAGCAACUCCAUCUCAGCCAAAAUGCCAUCAACAGGAUCAGUCCUGAUGCCUGGGAAUUUUGCCAAAAACUCAGUGAGCUAGAUUUGACGUUCAAUCACUUAGCAAGGUUAGAUGAUUCAAGCUUUGUUGGUUUAAGCGUGCUUGUUGGACUGUACAUUGGAAACAACAAAGUAAAUUACAUUGCUGAUUGUGCCUUCCGGGGACUUUCCAGUCUACAGACUCUGGAUCUGAAAAACAAUGAAAUAUCAUGGACUAUUGAAGAUAUGAAUGGUGCCUUCUCUGGCCUAGAUAAACUUAGGAAGCUGAUACUCCAAGGAAACAGGAUUCGAUCCAUUACAAAGAAAGCAUUUUCUGGUUUGGAUGCACUUGAACACUUAGAUCUAAGUAACAAUGCAAUUAUGUCAGUUCAAGGAAAUGCAUUUUCACAAAUGAAGAAACUCAAAGAAUUGCAUUUAAACACAUCGAGUCUCUUGUGUGACUGCCAGUUAAAAUGGCUACCACAGUGGAUGUCAGAGAACAACUUUCAGAGCUUUGUAAAUGCCAGUUGUGCCCAUCCUCAGCUGCUAAAAGGGAGAAGUAUUUUUGCUGUCAGCCUGGAUGGAUUUGUCUGUGAUGAUUUUCCUAAACCACAGAUCACUGUCCAGCCAGAAACCCAGUCAGCAAUCAAAGGCUCCAAUUUGAGUUUUGUAUGUUCGGCAGCCAGCAGCAGUGAUUCCCCAAUGACUUUUGCAUGGAAGAAAGACAAUGAAUUACUGCAGGAUGCUGAAAUGGAGAAUUAUGCACACCUCCGGGCACAGGGCGGUGAAGUGAUGGAGUACACUACCAUCCUUCGGCUGCGCAAUGUUGAAUUCAGUAAUGAAGGGAAAUACCAGUGUGUUAUUUCAAAUCAUUUUGGUUCAUCCUACUCUGUCAAAGCCAAACUUACAGUAAACAUGCUGCCUUCAUUUACAAAGAUCCCCAUGGAUUUAACCAUUCGUGCUGGGGCAAUGGCACGUUUGGAAUGUGCUGCAGUUGGGCAUCCCGUCCCACAGAUUGCUUGGCAGAAAGAUGGUGGAACAGAUUUUCCUGCAGCGCGCAAGAGGCGCAUGCAUGUCAUGCCUGAAGAUGACGUAUUCUUUAUUGUUGACGUAAAGAUCGAGGAUACAGGCGUUUAUAGCUGUACAGCUCAAAACACUGCUGGAAGCAUUUCAGCUAACGCAACGUUAACAGUACUAGAAACACCAUCAUUUUUGCGGCCUUUGCUGGAUCGAACUGUAACAAAAGGUGAAACUGCAGUCUUGCAGUGUAUUGCUGGUGGUAGCCCUCCGCCCCGACUGAACUGGACUAAGGAUGACAGCCCUCUCGUGGUAACGGAAAGGCAUUUCUUUGCUGCAGGCAAUCAGUUACUAAUUAUUGUGGAUACAGAUGUAGAAGAUGCUGGGAAAUACACUUGUGAAAUGUCUAAUACGCUUGGAACGGAGCGAGGCAACAUCCGCCUUAAUGUAAUUCCUACUCCCACCUGUGAUUCUCCUCAAAACAUUGCCCCAUCACUUGAUGAUGAUGGAUGGGCCACAGUUGGCAUUGUGAUCAUAGCUGUGGUUUGCUGUGUGGUGGGCACUUCCUUGGUGUGGGUGGUCAUCAUCUACCACACCAGAAGGAGAAAUGAAGAUUGCAGCAUCACAAAUACAGAUGAAACAAAUUUGCCUGCUGACAUUCCAAGUUACCUGUCAUCCCAGGGGACACUGGCUGAAAGGCAGGACGGAUAUGGUUCAUCUGAAAACGGCAGUCAUCAUCAGUUCCUCACAUCUUCUGUGGGAGGGUAUUUCUUGCAGCAGAGGGACGGUAAUGGAAUUUGCCAUCUAGAUAACGGCAGUGAAGCAGACUUGGAGGGUGUUGCAGAUCCUUUCCUAUGCCACUAUCUGGGGACUUCAGGGACUUUGUAUUUAAAAGGAAACACAUAUGGCCCUGAGGCCUUUGAAGCAUACAGUACAAGUUGCAGCCCUGACCAAAGAACAGCAUGCCUGGACCCUUACGAAUCUGGAUAUUUAAAGAAAAAGGAAUGCUAUCAAUACUCACCUCCACUGGAAGAUCCCUUUGACCAGUGUGUUGGCAUUAUUGGGAUGCAGGCUGCAAGUAGCAAAUUGAUUAACUCCGUUUAUACUCAAAAUGAAGGAACUGCACUAAAAAGCAAAAGUCUGAACUCAGACACAUUUGAUUUAAACAGAAGUUUGGAACCCUCAUCUAUUAUCAGUAACAGCACUUUCAUGGGAACAUUUGGAAAGCCUUUAUGGAGGUCUCAGCUGGACUCUCUUUCAAGUUGUAGACAGCCAGCAAAUUGCCAGCCAAAAACCUCCCGUAAUAAUCCUCAUGCCUCGCUGGACUUUGAUGCAGAGGCAGACGAAGAUGGAAAGGAAAGGACAGUUUCUAGAGGAGAAAAUAGCAUUUAUGCUUACAAACAGUCCUUUGAAAACUUUAGGACUUCUACUUUCCCAUCCUGUGAUUUGGAUACAUAGCUCCUUUUGGACCUACCAUUGAUUUCUGGAACCAAAGAAAUACUUUGACAUACUACUACCUCAGUGUGGAAUUUUAUUUAAAAAGGGAAUAAGGAAAGGAAGAAGGGAAGAAAGAAACCAUGUGAUGCUAUGAAUUCAGAACAAAUAAAUGCAUUUUUAUUCAAAUAAAGCAUAAUUACCAAAAUGCUCUACGUUUUAUACAGGGAAAACAUUCCUUAUAAAAAUACUAUAUUUCUAAUUAUUUUAUAGCUUUGUUUUAUGCAAAUAAUAUCUUUUGUAAAUUAACGGUGUAAAUAAUACAGCAUAUGUAUUUCUAUGUCAGACUUCCAUUUUAUUGAAAUGAGUAGUAAGCAUUCUAAUUUUGUACUGUUACUUGUACCUUUUUACAAAUGGAAACUUCAUGCUGUUUGCAGGUAUCAUGCAUCUUAUUUGCACAUUACUUUUAAUAAAAUAUGCUGCCAUGUGGUCUCUGACCCACAUUAGUGUAUGAAGAAUGAAAAGUGUGAAUUAUGUCUGUAGAUAGUGUUGCAUAUGUAGGUGCUUUCCGUUGCAUGUUUGCACCUUUAUUUGACUUGUAUCUUUAGAUUUACUGUGUUAAAUCCUAUGUUCAGCUUCUAGAAGUGGGUGUGGUCCUGCCACAGCUACUGGUAGGGUGGGUUGAAGCUAUUUGUGCCAAAAUAAGUAUGCAAAUCUUCCACUUUGUGAAUUCCCAUUAUCAGAUGUGUGUGCACACGUUCUCAGUCUUCAUGCACACAGGGCUGUAGUGCCAACAGUCUGCCCAUGCCUGUGUGCAAAUAGCGUACAUACAUUUGGUGGAGGAUAUGCACAAGAGAUGCACAAAUCCCUGUCAAGCUAUUUAGUAAAAGAAGAAAAAAGGCACUGGAUAUCUGCCUGGUAGCAUCACUCUUUUCUGAGUGGCUUGGUGCUAAGUGUUUGCCAAAUAUGCAGUGCAUGCCCCAGUCUUUGCUUUCCCAUACCCUUUCUCCCUCUUUUUUGCUUCUGCAACCCCUUCCAUGCCCGACAUGAGAAGGUAAUCCAAGUACAAGAUAAUGUUUUCUUUGGUUGAACUCAUGCGUCUGUUCCUUACUCGGCUGCCCUUUUGUGGUUAUAGAUGAGAUCUGUGCUUUAUUCAGUUGCUCAGUCAAGUUCAGCAAUUGUGAAUUCUUGCUGGAUUAAAUUUAUGGUAAUGUACCCAAUGCCUUUAACUAUACGAAGUCGGGAAAAGAGGAUUGCUUACUAUAAAAUGGUAAU